GAAAUGACGAGAAGGAAAUCGUCCCCCUGUCUCAGGAACCAUGUGGCAAUCUAAGAUAAGGCAAACAGUUGCUAAUUUGAGUAUAAAAGCAGGAAAUGUGAUACACUGAUUUCCUUUCAUGCAAACAGAACAAUCUGAGGGAAUAUGUAAGGACGUUCUUUUCCAAGUCAACUUUCUAAUAUACACCAAGUGUUCCACUGUGGAUAUUUUCAUUAUUUUGACAAUUUUGAAUACCAUGGAUACCAACAACACCAGUCCUGACAACUUAUUGCCGAGUAAUUUCUGGGAUCAUAUGAUAAUAGCAUUUUCCGUUUCUAUGGUCAUUGGGCUUGUGAUUGGAGGCGUAAUCUGGGCAUUGCUGGCUUGCCUGUCUAGUCGCAGAGCCAGUGCCCAUAUUUCCCAGUGGAGCACCUCAUCCUCCAGCCGGCGUCCCAGAGCUUCUCGUGGAUCUUCUGCCAGCAGGCCUGGAUUUUAUCGCAACAGCAGCUGUGAACGCCGCAGUAACCUCAGCUUGGCCAGCCUGACCUUCCAAAGGCAAGCUUCCUUGGAGCAGGCCAACUCCUUCCCAAGGAAAUCAAGUUUCCGAGCCUCAACGUUUCAUCCCUUCUUGCAGAGCCCCCCGCUUCCUGUAGAAACAGAGAGUCAGCUGAUUACAUUGGUACCAGCCACCACCACCACCACCACACUUACUGGCACCACCACCAACAGCCUAUCUCGUCCCGAGUUCCACUGGUCCAAUAAUAGUCUUCGUGUCUCCAACUCAACACAGACACCACCUCCUGCUUACGACUCUAUCAUAAAGGCUUUCCCAGACUCUUGACUCCAAUUCUUGGGGAUGUAUGUAUAUAGAAAGAAUCUCAGUUGUAUGAUUUUCUGUGGGCUCUAUGAAGACACCUAUGAAGUCUACCAUUGCAAGGACCUGCAGUGCGGAGACCCAAGUGAUAGUUCUGUGUCCCUCUAUGAUAGGCAUUUGCUGGAGUGAAACCCUCAUGUCUCUUUCGGCGACAAAGGCCUCUCUUGCGCUAUUAUUCACAAAUGGUAUGCAACAUCACUGUGUGUUUAUAUUUGCAUUGUAACCAUUGCCUUUAGUUUAGAUGCAGACUUCAUCUAGUCUAACAAAUUGAAUCAUAUCUGAAGACACAGAAUGUAAAAAUAGUUAUCUUUGUGAAUAUCCUCCAGUUAACCUUAAACACAGUGAUGAAACUGCUGUUUUUAUUUAGGUUUUCUUUUCUUUUCUUUUCUUUGUCAAAGCAUUUUCCUCUGGGCAUUUUGAUAUACAAAGUAAGUAAAUAAAUCCUACCACUUGUUCAUCAGUUGGCCAUAAAGGUAAAGGGACCCCUGACCAUUAGGUCCAGUCGUGACCGACUCUUGGGUUGUGGCGCUCAUCUUGCUUUAUUGGCUGAGGGAGCCGGCGUACAGUUUCCGGUUCAUGUGGCCAGCAGUUGGCCAUAGUGCCAUGUGAUUACAAGAUUUACAUGAUUUUUAAAAAUAGAUGUAAAUAGCUUAGUAUUCGUAUUAUAUUUCUGUGGGCUAAGAUCCUCGAUUUAUGUUUUAAUAUCUUUCUAAUUGGAACCAUUGUCUGAUUAAGGCUGCUAGCUUCACAUGCUUUCUUAGGAGUAAGUCUCACUGAAUUCAGAAAGCUAAACAUCAGGGUAGAUAUAAGAAAAAUCUCCUAGAGAAGGGGUUCCCAAACUGUGGUCUGCAAGCUUCAUUCAGGUGCUCUGUGGAGUGUCUCUGCAGAACCCUUCCAAUUUGAGUUCUAUUGAAUUCUAUGGAAUUCAAAAUGCGAUAGAGUAAAAUACAAUAUCAUAAAUAAAAGAAACAAUCAAAACACAAUCAAAAAUUGUACAGCACAUUACAUUUGCGACAACAGGCAGGGAAAUAUAAUUCCCAACAAUUUCCAAGUGGUCCAUGGGGGUGGGGGUGGGGAAUGGGAACCACUGCCCUAAAGCUUAAAAAAAAAAUGUGUGCAACAAUGUCAAUGUUAACCCCAGGAUGAGGGGAUUCCUGAGUCAAUCCCUCCAAUAAGCCUCCUAAGCAUGAAAUAAAAGAGUUGUGCAAAGGAGAAGUAUAUGUCAGUCAUGCUUCUGCUUUCCCUGUGAUGAGUCUUGGUGCUUUUAUUGGGAUGUUGCCAUCAAAUCACAUAAUGUUAGAUUCUGAGCUGGUUUCAAUGCAAUCCAGUGCUUGCAGACUGUCAAAGUUUUCAAUUUGGCAAUAAUCAUGCCUUGGAUUAACCUUAUUGUCUAUGAUACUGCCACUGAUAUUAUUAGUGUACUUACUGUUAUUAUUAGUGUACCUAGAAAUAUGUCACAGCAAUGAAAAAUCCCGGAGCCUUUAAUUCUGCUUCCAUUGCCUGCUGAGAUCAAUACAGUUGCUGUUCAGAAGAGAAUAAGAUUUCCUCCAGAAUGCAUAGCUAAGUUGUUCAGUCUGUGUUUUCGAUGAUAAUGGAAAAGCUCUUUAAAUAAAUGGUGGGUUUUUUUGUUUUUUUAGUAUUUACUUCUGGAAAUGUUGCAAAUGAUCUGUAUAAAGCUUAUAUAAGGUAUUAGCAUUAGUUUUCAUACGGAAUUUAUGAGACUGCAUUAUGUACUGUGUUUUCCUGCUAUAAUUUACACAGGAUGCACAAAGGAAUGUUUUGUGUGCUCAGGUCAGGGAAGCUGAAAUGUGAAUCCUGUGGUUUGUGGUCAGUUGCUUGAUGGUAUAUAUUUAAAGACUAGACAAAUCUCUUUUUUAUCGGCAUGUUGGAAAUGUUGGGAUUUAAAUAAAGUCAUAAAUAUUGCUCUA